CAAGGAGAGGCUGUCCACCAUCACCUGCCACUUCCACCUGCGGACGUCAAUCACGCCGCGUUGCACGUCGCUUCCCCUGACACGACAUUCUUCUCUGAUUGGCCCGGCCGCGCUUCGGGGGCGGGAGCUCCGCUGCCCUUCCAGACAUUCGAUUGGACGUCAGGCGCCUUGGCCGACGUGACGCAGCCUGGAAUUCCCAAAGUUCCCAAGUUCACGGGAAGAGAGGAACGUUGUUCCUGCUGGCAAACUAAACGUUUCUGGAGGAAAAAACAGCGAGCGGCUCAAGUGUGAGCCAGCGGGGAUAUCGUGAAGCCGAAUCCGUUCCGUGCUGUGCCAAUUCGAGCCUGACGAGGGCGAUGUCCGACAACAGCAACAGCACCGGCAGCACAGGCUCCUCCACCAACAGCUGGACCCUCCUCUCCCCCGAGGAGGCUGCAGUUGAGAAUGUGGGGCCUGUGGACGAUGGCACGGAGAGCCUGGGCGACGUCCCCAGUCUCUCUGAGGAGCUGGCAGGAGCCGCUGCUGAAUUCAAACCAGGUGACAUACCUGCAGAAACUGUCCUAUCUGAGGAGGGCCAUCAGGUGUGUCAAGAGACCUCCCCAGAGUCCAGUGAGGGUCCCGUCCCUUCUAGUCCAUCCCGACUGAGCCCUCUUCCACUGAACCUCCUGGAUCCUCCCGACCUCGACCUGGAGAGUCAGCCUCCAGUCAUCCAUGACAUUGUAACCAGCUCCCCCAGUGACAACGAGAACCAAGGAGCCAUGCCGUUUGUCACCAACAUUGAUUUGGGAGCGCAACUUGAUAUUCCAGUUGUUGAAAUCCCCUCAGCUGAGCCUGAAGAGUCCUGCUCUGCUGCAGUCAUGACUGAGACCUCUGUGGAGCAUGCACUAGACCCGGCCGCUGAUAUUGGACCGAUUCCUGCAAUUUCUGCUGAACCCGAGGUUAACGUCCCCACAGAGACCCUGGCAGCCACUGAUGCUCCGUCUCAUGUUGAAGCUGAUGUCAGCUUUGUUCCAGAGCCAUCAAGCUUAGUCCCAGAGAGCCUGGUGACAGAACAAUCCAGUGAAGAAAGUCCUGCUCCAGAGACCGUUGGUUCAGCUGAGGCAGAGGAGGAGGAGGAGGCUGCUGUUGAAGAGGAGCCAGCAAAGCUAUCCGAGACAGAAUUCCAAGAUGAGAGAGAAGAAGAAGAAGAAGAGCCAUCCAGCAGUUUUGAUUUGGGCGACUCCAGCAGCAUCGAUGACGGACUGAGGAGGAGGAAUGUGCCCUCCUUUGAGGCACCAAGACCAAGAACCUCCGACGAGGAAGACGAGGAAGAGGAAGUAGAGUUUAAGCUGGCUGAGAAGAAGGAAGACAAGCCGUGGCUCUCGAUGAACAAAUGCAUUGUGGGUGCACUGGUCCUGCUCUUCUUAGGUUCCCUGUUUCUCUCAGGUUUCCUCUCUGACGUGGAUAAGGGACCUCCAGUGGAGAUAAUUUUUAAGUGUGACUAUGACGACUCUGAACUGGGUGAUGGAGAACAAAGCCAGGACUGGCUUAGCGGUGAUCCACAGGAUAUGAAAGAGCUAUUGGAUAAACUGACACAGGAAAACCAACAAAUCACUCAGCUAGAGGCUCAACUGAAGUCUCAGAAAGAAGAACUGGACUUGGCGCUGAAGGCAGUAGCAGCAAGUGGCGAUGAGCAAGGUAAAGCGGAUUUGGAACAAGAAAAUGCUAACCUGAAGUUGGAGCUGUCGUCUUUGCCGGAGCUGAGGAAAGAGCUGGAGACUCUGAGAGCCAGAGUGACUGAACUCAGCCAGCUCACAGCUGAUCAGAAAAUACUCCCAGAUGCUUCUAGCUCAGCCUCUCAGCCUGAUGACAAAGAUAGUCAGAGGAACCAGAAAGCAGCUGCACCAGAGAGGAAAAAGGACUCAAACGAAGGGGGAAAGCUGAAGGAGGAGCUCCAGCGGCAGAAAGUUCUUUUGGAGGAGAGCAAGAAAAGACUGGACGGGAUGAAAAAAGAUGGAGGUGACAGAAAACGAGUGAGGGACAACUUGGAGGAGAUCCAGAAGAAACUCUCGGAACAAGUUGAGAGGUGGGGGAAGAAGAAGCCGCACGAGUCCAAAUGGAAAGGGAACAAAGGCAAGAACGACCACUGGAAGAAAGAGGAGAAGAAGGAGUGGAGAGGAGAGAAAGACUGGAAGCACAGCAAAGAAGGAGGAUGGAGGGACAAAGAGGAGAAGAAGGAGAAGGAGUGGAAGUCUCAGAAGCAAAACUCUCACAAAGAAGCCUGGAGGAAACACCAGGAUGAGUGGGAGAGGAAGAAGGACGAGCGUAAGAUGGACAGAGAGCAGCGGAGGAAGGAGAAACCGUGGCACAGCAAGCCCGGAAAAACCUCCCAUCAUCAGCACCAACAUCACCAUCACCAGCCUCGCCAGCCUCAUCAGUACCACAACAGCGACUUCUGGAGAGACCAGGAACAGAAGCUCCAACGCAACGUCCGCCCUCAGCUGGGCUGCACAUCCGUGGACGAAUGCGCCAGCAAGGAGGGGCUCUACCCGGUGGAGCUGUCCGAGUUCGAGGAGCUGCUGGAGGGCUACCUGAGCAAGCUGGAGGGCUCCUCACCGGAGAGCAAGGACAAGAUCAGGAAGCUGACCACGGAGUUCUUCGAGGACGGCGUCUUUAUCCACGACAGGGUUCUUUUUAGCGACUUUGCCGAGGACGUGGCGGACAUUCUGGAAGACAUGGUGGACGUUUUAGAGGACCACGGCAAGAAGGACGACGACUCCCUGGAGGAGGAGAUGGAGGAGUUUGAACGAGAAGCCCUGUGGAAGUUUGCCGCCACGGCUUAAAAAAAACAGACAGAGAGGAGAGGAGUAAAAUCCAGCUUGAAGAUACAGCACAAGUGGUUGUUUUCUAGGACAUUUCUUGCCUACCUUCUCCUCUUCAGAGCUGUAAUUGUAGUAGCUUCUGGUACAGAGUGGUUGUGCCUCUCAUAAAUGUGUCCCUUUGAGUCUCUAAUUAUAAGCUAGACUUGUAUUUGUCAUUUUGGACUUAGUUGUUGUUACCUACCUCUGUCAGGUCAUGCCUCCUAAAGCAAAGUCCUUCAGUAACGUGUCGUGUGAAUCCUCCUCUGCUACUUAGUGCUCUACAUAGUGCAUGUUGAAGUCAUGAUGUAAAUUUAAACUGAUAAUAUUCAAAUCACACACAGAAAACAAAGUCUUAAGGUGAUGGUAUAUGCAAAUAAUUCUGCUUGGCAGCAGUGCAUAGGAUAAAUCAGAAAAGUUUCUAUAGUAUUACACAAGUUCACGUCAGUAACAGAAAAAACCUGUUUAAUUGACUGUUAAAUACCUUUCUGUCAUUUGAUUCGAUGUGUUUUGUGGGAAAACCACCGACCUCCUCUCCAAGCAGGUUAAAACAAAUGCUAAGACGUUUUUGCAGAUACCAUUCGCCUCAAGUCAGGUGUAACUGUCCAAUCCCAGAGGAUGAGAUCCCGGUUCUUUCAGUGAUAAGAAUCAUAUCAGGUCAGACCAGUUUUGUGUCAGCAGCUGACUGCAGACCGUUUGAUUUUCUAGACGUGAAAGACUUUUCAUCCUCUGAAUCCAAACUGUCAGUUGAUGGCAGAUGUGUGGAACAAACCGGGAGAUAGUUUGUUAAAAAAAAAGUCAGUGCUGCUCGAAAUACAAAAAGCAAUAGGACAAAGUUAUAGCCAUAGUUCAAUUGAUAACCGCUAAACCACUUUAGCACUUUUCUCAGACAUUUGAGGAACAAAUUUUUUCACUUUUCAUUUCCAUUUUGUUCUUUUUAAAACCAUUCUUUAGUAUCUUUUUGUAAAAAAGCCAUGGGGACCUCUGACACAUGAUCUACUUUUAGAGGUUAGUGAUCUGUAGUAAUCCCUGAAGAGUUUCUUUAGUUAAUUUCAUUCAGAUUGGCAACCAAACCACUAUUUUUUUCUUUGCGUUUGUUUCACAAAUGAUAUGAAUUGAUAUGCAUGAUUUAGAUGAAAUUAUUUGGGUUCAGGAAAAAAGAAAAACAAAAAAGAUGUUGCAUUUCACUUUAUUUUUCAAAUUUCUUAGUUGAAUAAGCCCAGCAGAGAUGAGACAAAACAGCACAAAGCAGAGUACUGCAGUAUUUUUAGUGAAGUUUUUGUUUUACUUUCCGAUUCAGAUUCGAUGUUUCCGUCUUUGCGUGGAAGUGAAGUUAAAAUAGACAGAUUGUGAUUGUUGGCUUCCAUUUUUCAGUGAUUGAAAGAAGCUUUGAAGUGUUUCAUGUUUAUUUAUUCUGUCACUACACUGCAGCUCUUUUCUUAUUUUUAUCCAGAAGAACCACAGACUUUGUCCCACGCCGCGUAUGUUGAAUGUGGAAAAAAAUGGUUUUCAUUUCUUUUUGGUUUUCAGAAUUUUUAGCUCGCCAGCUACUGCUUAUGUGCCUUUAUUAAGUAUCUAAAUAUCCUAGACUGAACAAGAGGUCUUUGAUUUCAUUUGCUUGUGCAAGAUUAAGAAGUUUACACUACUUGGGGUUUUCCUGCUGUUUAUCGGGCAGAGAGUGAAUGUCGUAGAGUUUACACAUUAAGUGUUGAACCGAUUUUUCGUUGAAACUUUCUCUGCUGUUUGUAGAGGGCAACGUUUUUUUCUGAAGGUUUCUAGACCAAAGUGAUGGAAAGAAAGCAUACUGUAAUCUCAACAUAUGAAUCCUUUAAAAGAGAGUCUAAUCAAUAUUUGAGAAGUAUUUUUUGUCUUUGUGGGACAACAGUGGCUGGAUGUAAUUGAUCCCUGAAUGAUCUCUUAUUUCUCCCAUCAUCAGUUAUGUCCUCUUUUAGGGAAGUCAGUGUUAAGUUCAAUAAAUUUUUCACCAUUAA